AUGGCGAUUGAGAUACUAAGCCACACAAAAGCUGCAGAUGCUGGAGUAGGUCAGCAGCUGUCAUGCGAGACUUUUAAUUAUCCUAGGAUUCAACAGGGGCCCCAAGCCCAUGAAAAUAAUAUAUUUCAGCAAACCAUAACGUCAAACAAAUUCUCAACUAAGCACCUUCUUCUUCUAUUAUUUCCAAAUUAUCCCAAGAAAAUAACCUCAGUAAAACAAAAUUUUCUCAAGGAUUGCUUUAUUUUCAAUUCUGGGUACAUAUACCCUUUCGCUGGAAUAUUCGUAAUGCUUGUAAAUCCAAUAUUUUGGCAACAUAUUGUUGUAUUCCUAUUUUGUCAAGUUAUAACUCUAUUUAUAGUUGGUAAUAUACUUUAUUUUAUUUCAAUGCCAAUCGUACUCCCAAUUUACUUAAUUUUAUUUGGGCCAAUUGGAAUAAUUUUAGCCUACUUACAUUGGGGAAUACAGACCAUAAUGAUGACAAAUUUUGUUAUAAAACGUUUAUUGCUCUCAACUAUUCAUGACCAAAUUUUUAAGCUCACCAUUCAAUUGAAAGACAAGAAUUACUCUGCCAACCCACAGAGACAGAGACAGAGGCCAUCUAAGGAUGCCAAAAUAUCAUUGAACGACCUGCAAUGGGUCGAAUAUUAUAUAUCUUGGUUUUGUAAGUAUGCGAGGAAAUUUAUGGUAAACUUUUUGCUCUCGUCAAUAUCGAUAGUACCUGUUCUGGGUCCAAUCCUGGUGAAUCAGGCAGGUUCUUUGAAUAGAACAUCCGGUUACUUGAAAUUUCAUAUUAAUACGAUUAAAAAUUUCAAUAAAGACCAAGCAGCUCUCUACAAAUAUGAAAACUUCAGUAAAUUUCUAACAUUUGGAAUGACUGCUGGCAUUUUAGAACUUCUACCCAUUUUUUCGAUAUUGACAAUGAUAGGCAAUACAAUCGGUGCAGCAUUACUCAGUUUAGAUAUAUAA